ACGGCUGAGCUACACCAGCUAACCGUCAACGGACGUACGUUACUCGCACUUGAAAAUGACAACCGUCGCGUCGCGUUGCUUUCGACGUUGUUUUGUUUCCAAACGGCGCUCCGCUCAGAACGGGGGUACAGUUUUAUUCCAGUCAUGACGCAAUCAGCAACAAGACAUCUCUGGACUUAAACUAAAGAGAGAGAAAGAGACGGAGACGGAGGCAGAUCUGACAUCCACCUUUACACAUUUCCCGCUGGUCUAGCUGGCCAAUGCCGGGCCCGUCGUGGACAUCUGGUGGCGGCAGCAGCAGCAGCAUCAGUAGUUGUGUGUACGUGAGCGUCGUCCCCGGCGCCUAGCUCAUGUCCAUCCCAUGAUGCCGUCGUCCACACGGAAAGGUGUGCCGAAGGACCCCGAGCUGGCCGACCUCUUCUUCAAAGACGACCCCGAGGAUGUCUUCUGUGACCUGCACGAGAUCGGACAUGGCAGCUUCGGGGCCGUCUACUUCGCACGCAACUCCUACUCCAAUGAGGUGGUGGCCAUUAAAAAGAUGUCCUAUAAUGGCAAGCAGACUACCGAAAAGUGGCAGGACAUCAUUAAGGAGGUCAAGUUUUUGGGACAGCUGCGACACCCAAACACGAUUGAGUACAAAGGCUGCUACUUGAAAGACAACACUGCCUGGCUGGUGAUGGAGUACUGCCUGGGCUCCGCAUCAGAUUUACUAGAGGUUCACAAGAAACCACUGCAAGAGUUGGAAAUUGCUGCCAUUACCCAUGGUGCCUUGCUAGGACUGGCUUACCUACAUUCCCAUAAUAUGAUUCACAGAGAUGUGAAAGCUGGUAACAUCCUGCUGACUGAGCUGGGUCAGGUCAAACUGGCCGACUUUGGCUCUGCCUCCAUUGCCUCACCUGCCAACUCCUUUGUGGGAACACCUUACUGGAUGGCCCCAGAAGUGAUCCUAGCCAUGGACGAGGGUCAGUACGAGGGGAAAGUGGACAUCUGGUCCCUGGGGAUCACCUGUAUUGAACUUGCGGAGCGCAAACCACCCUUGUUCAACAUGAAUGCCAUGAGUGCCUUAUAUCACAUCGCACAGAACGACUCUCCCACGCUACAGUCCAAUGAGUGGUCUGACCCCUUCCGGAGCUUCGUCGACUACUGCCUACUGAAAAUUCCUCAGGACAGACCCUCCUCGGGGGAGCUGCUACGACAUGAUUUUGUGCGUCGUGAACGCUCGCCGCGCAUUCUCCUCGAACUCAUCCAGAGGACCAAGGAUGCGGUGCGCGAGCUGGACAACCUGCAGUACCGCAAGAUGAAGAAGAUCCUCUACCAGGAGAAACACAACGGACCAAUGGGAGAGAGCCAGGAGGAGGAGGAGGACAGCGAGGCGGCCAGCUGUAAGAUGAACAGCCUGGGAAGCAACCACUCCAUCCCCAGCACCUCGGUCAGCACAGGCAGCCAGAGCAGCAGCGUGAACAGCAUGCAGGAGGUGCUGGACGACAGCUGCUCCGACAUGACCAUGAUGCACCCGCAGGACUACAGCAGCACCCUGGAGUCCUCCCCGCACACCAAGAAGGACCAACCGUACAACUGGGACGAUGGGGUCCACAGGGACCAAAUGCAGGGGCUGAGGCCGUCCUCCUCCGACAAGAGCAGCCAGGCCCAGAACUACAAGAACCAGGGCCGCUUUGCCACCAUCAAAUCAGCCUCGCUGGUGACCAAGCAGAUCCACGAGCAUGAGCAGGAGAGCGAGCUGCGGGAGCAGAUGUCGGGCUACAAGCGCAUGCGGCGGCAGCACCAGAAGCAGCUGAUCGCCCUGGAGAACAAGCUGAAGGCCGAGAUGGACGAGCACCGGCUCAAGCUGCAGAAGGAGGUGGAGACGCAGGCCAACAACGCCUACAUCGAGCUGGAGAAGCUGGCCAAGCGCCACGCCGUGCAUUCUGAGAAGGAGAUGAAGACGGCGUUGACAGAUGAGAAGAAGUUCCAGCAGCAGAUCGUGGCCCAGCAGAAGAAGGAGCUGACCACCUUUCUGGACAAUCAAAAGAAGCAGUACAAGCUCUGCAAGGAGAAGAUAAAGGAGGAGAUGAACGAGGACCACAGCACACCCAAGAAGGAGAAGCAGGAGCGUCUGUCCAAGCACAAGGAGAACAUGCAGCAUUCCCAGGCCGAGGAGGAGGCCCACCUCCUGGCCCAGCAGAGAGUCUUCUACGACAGGAACUGCCGCGCCUUCAAGCGCAAAGUCAUGAUUAAGAGGCACGACUUGGAGCAGGAACAGAUCCGAGAGGAGCUGAACAAGAAGAAGACCCAGAAAGAGAUGGAGCACGCCAUGCUGAUCCGCCACGACGAGUCCAUGCAGGAGCUGGAGUACAGGCAGCUGAAGAUCCUGCAGAAGCUGCGGAUGGACCUGAUCCGCCUGCAGCACCAGACGGAGCUGGAGAACCAGAUCGAGUACAACAACCGGCGUGAGCGGGAACUCCACCGCAAACAUGUGCUGGAGCUCCGGCAGCAGCCCAAGAACCUCAAAGCUCUGGAGCUGCAAAUCAAGAAGCAGUUCCAGGACACAUGUAAGGUGCAGACCAAGCAGUACAAGGCCCUGCGCCACCACCAGAUGGAGGUUACGCCCAAGGCCGAGCACAAGACGGUGCUCAAGGCCCUGAAGGAUGAGCAGACGCGCAAGCUGGCCAUCCUGGCUGAGCAAUACGAGCAGAGCAUCAACGAGAUGAUGGCCUCGCAGGCGCUGCGUCUGGACGAGGCCCAGGAAGCCGAGUGCCAGGCCCUGAGGCUGCAGCUGCAGCAGGAGAUGGAGCUGCUCAAUGCCUACCAGAGCAAGAUCAAGAUGCAGACCGAGGCGCAGCACGAGCGCGAGCAGCAGAAGCUGGAGCAGAAGGUGUCGCUGCGACGGGCUCACCUGGAACAAAAGAUUGAAGAGGAGCUGGUUUCCAUUCAGAAGGAGAGAACCGACCGGAUCAAACACCUGCUGGAGCGCCAGGAGCGAGAGAUCGACAGCUUCGACAUGGAGAGCAUGCGGCUGGGCUUCUGCAACCUGGGCACCCUGGACCUCCCCAAGGACGACUACAGAUGAGGGGGCUGCUGUCACCAACGCCACCCUCGUCUCUUGUAGUCCGUCCCCCCCUACCCCUCCGAGGGCGUCCGUCUGACUCAGUACACUCCCUCCUCUCCUUUUACCUGACAGUGCAGGUGUCCACUGCUGCUGACGUCAUAACUCAAACACAAAGAAAAAAACAACACAAACAAAAAAGAAAAAACGGCUCCAGAAUUGGUGUGUUUUUCUGAGUCCUCAAACCCCCACACCCCCCACCCCAAAACCCAUCUAAACUUCCUCCCCCUCCUCGCCUCUCAUGAUGUCACAAGAUGGCAAAAAAAAAAAAAAAAACCAACAGAUAUGCUGGAUAACUUCCUGUAGUUGUCAUGUUUUUUGUAAGAAUACUGAUAACGUAGUCACGGUGUUUUCUUGUGCAAUGAUGACACUUUUGUUGUGACUUGAAGUUGGAAGAUGAGAGAAGGAGGGAGAGAAAACCGAGGGCAGUGGGAUGAGCGUCAUCGCUCCACAAACAUGCUUUUUUACAGGUGAU